AUGGCAGGCGUUUUCCGGCGGUCGCUUUCUUUCCCCAACAAAAUCAUUCCAAAUAGCCGUCAGGCAAAAGUGCGAGCACCCAUGUUGUCUCAUCACACCAGAUCCAUCAGUCUCCCAACCAGAUCUCACCCCUUGAUUUCCCAGCUCAAGGAUCACAUCGCUCACCUUCAAUCAUGGGCGGCGGCCUCUUUCUCCUUCUCCGAUUGGCUCUGCCAAGGCUUGACCAGCCUCAGAGACUUGCACCACUGCCUUGACGACACUCUCCGCCUUCCUCAAACCCAAGACUCCCUCCGCCGCCUGAGCUCCCACUCCGCCAGCUGCUGCUGGCUCGACAACCUUCUAGACCAAUUCCUUCUCUUUGUUGACGUCUAUGGAAUCUUCCGUACCUCAGUUUUCGCUCUCAAACAGGACCACUCUGCAGCUCAAGUCGCUUUGAGGAAGAGAGACGACUCCCAGAUAGCAUUGUACGUCAAAGCUAGAAAGAGAAUGGCCAAGGAAAUGAUCAACCUUGUCAACGCAGUUCGUUGUAUUGUUGGAAGGCAAGGACCGGCAGCCGCGCCGUUGGAGCAUGUCUGCGAUAGUAAUUACUAUACUACUAAUAAUAUUGUUGAUCAUGAGUUGGCUGGGGUCAUAAGCGAGGUCGUUCAAGUGACGGUGACGGUGUCUCUUGCCCUGUUUAACGGAAUUGCUGCAGCACUCUCAUCCGGCAACCCAACAACGUCGUCAUCAAAAUUGAACAUCUUGUCGUCAAGGUGGUCGUGGAUGGGAAUAUUAUUUUCAAUGGGGUUGAUGAGGUGCAAGGAGGCCGUUGAGGAUCAUAGUAGGAUUAUUGAUAAAGUAGUACAAGUCAAUAAUAUUGGAGUUGAGAGCUUACGAAAUAUAAGAAAGAAAGGAGAAGAAGAGGUGAAAAUAACAUUGAAGAAAAUGCAGGAACUGGAGGUCUCUAUCGCCGCCAUUGAAACUUGCUCUGAAACAGUUUUCAGGAGUUUGAUUAACGCAAGGGUUUCGCUGCUCAACACUCUCACCCUACUCUAA